AUGGGGGACCGACAGCGGCGGACCGGGAGACUCGAGAACCUCACUACCAAGUCCCGGGUCUCCAAGGAGACCAAGCUCCGGUUGCGCGUGGUCUUCCUGGAUGACAGCGAGCGCACGUUCGAAGUGGAGCAAAAGGUUUUAGGUGGCGACUUCUACAACAAAGUGUGCGGUCAUCUGAAACUGCUGGAGAAGGAGUACUUUGGCCUGGAGUUCAGACACCACAGUGGCAAUUAUGUUUGGUUGGAGCUGCUGAAACCUUUGGUCAAACAGAUCAAAUACACCAAUGAUUUAUUCUUCAGGUUUAUAGUCAAGUUUUUUCCACCAGAUCCUGGACAACUCAAAAGAGGCCUCACCAGGUAUCUUUUUGCCUUACAGAUCAAGCAGGACUUGUCUAAUGGCAGUCUGACCUGUAAUGACAACAGUGCCGCCCUGCUGGUCUCUCACAUACUGCAGUCAGAGAUAGGGGACUAUGAUGAGGAGCUGGACUGCCAGCAUUUGGAGAUGAAGCACUAUGUUCCCAACCAGGAAUAUCUGGACCACAAAAUCAUCAAGUUUCACAAGAAACACAGAGGACUCUCUCCAGCAAACUCCGACAUCCAGCUGCUGGAGGUGGCGAGGAAGCUGGACAUGUAUGGAAUCAGGCCUUACCCUGCCUAUGAUGGGGAGGGAAUGAGGAUCAAUCUGGCUGUCACACACUCUGGAGUGCUAGUCUUUCAGGGAAACACAAAAAUCAACACAUUCAGCUGGGCAAAGAUCCGCAAGCUAAGCUUCAAACGCAAGCAUUUCCUCAUCAAACUACAUGAUAAAGUUGGGCCCUCGUGUAAGGAUACACUAGAGUUGGCCAUGGCCAGCCGUGAUGUGUGUAAAUCAUUCUGGAAGAUGUGUGUGGAGUACCAUGCUUUCUUCAGGCUGGCUGAGGAACCAAAGGCCAUACACAAAACUCUGCUGUCAUGUAAAGGCUCCAGCUUCAGAUACAGUGGUCGGACCCAGAAGCAGCUGCUGGAGUGUCUGGGAUCAGGGGAGAAGAAGCCUUCACACUUUGAAAAGAUGUACAGUCAGACAGACUGUGACCCCAGACAAUGUCGAUCUUCUCCUGAUCUCCUCACAGAUGUCUCCAAACAGGUGUACGAACAUUCCCACCCAUUCCCACGGUCAAGUCGUGCUCUGGCAAUACACAGCCAGGAUCAGCUGGACCCGCAUCAUCGAGACAAUGAUAUUGAAAUCAACGAAAGAGUGGCUAAACGCAGCCAUUCAUGUGUUGAGGUCAGCCAGAGGCCUCGCCUCCUCUCCCAAGUCACUCCUCUUUCUCCAUCUGUCAACCAGACAAUGCCGCCUUCACCCUCACUGAAGACGAGAUCUGCUUCGAUAUCUGUAGUAGAGGACGCAAGGGGGGUACGAAUCGGGACACAGCGCCAAGCCCAGCGGUUAGCUGGUGUCUAUGGAAACCGAUCUAGACGUCGACCCAACCCCCAGCCACAUCCAGAUGCAGGACAGCAGCUGGUCCUUCUCUACCCUAACAGCCCUGCCUACCAGUAUCAUCCUGUCCUCCCAUCGUUCCCAUUAGCUGGCUCCUCACCACUCAACCGACAUCCCUACUUGUCGGAAUUUGUUACCGUUUCCUCACUGGAACGAAUUCCACAUACAAGACGGCGGGAUUAUGUGACAAUGGAUGGCAUAACACGGCCAUCUUUUUACCCAAUGUGUCACGAUUCGCCAUGUAGUUCACCAAUCAGGAGAAACCUCCGCUCCAGUGGUUCAGGUGGGCUGGGAUUGGCCAGAAUGUACCAACCAGGAAGCAAUGGUGCAAGACUCAGGGGCGUUGGACAUACAGAGGCGGGUCAUUACAGCGAUGACUCCAACUUCCUUCCUGGACUGCCUCGCCGUGUAGCCAGCCAACCUGAUGUCAAAUUAAACCUCUCAAGGAGCUCAAACACUGCCUUUAACCCUGCUUCUGAGUUUCGCCCUCUUGGUUACUACCCCCACCUGACGCGCCCCUCCAGACCCACCUACCUCCCACUAAACUCUUCCCCUCUGCCUGAACGCCCCAGUUCACUAUGUAUGAUUGGCAGCACUGCGGGAAGCUACAGCGACUCAGACCCGGAGGUUUUCUAUCCAUACUACUGCCCUGCCCCUCAGGUAGGCAAGAUGGUACGGUCCGCUGGACUAGCCAGGAUGAGGUUUUCAUCGGGGAGUCUCCAACUUGAUGAGGAGGAAGAGGGGGAG